AAUACUAUUUUUUUUAGAAAUAACAAGAUAAAUUAUUCCAGGCACUUCAAAAAACUUAUCAGAAGAUACUUCGGGAAAAGGAGAGUGCUUUAGAAGCCAAAUACCAAGCAAUGGAAAGGGCAGCUACAUUUGAACAUGACAGAGAUAAAGUUAAAAGGCAAUUCAAGAUUUUUAGGGAGACCAAAGAAAAUGAAAUUCAGGACUUACUGAGAGCCAAGCGAGAGUUGGAGAGCAAACUUCAGAGGCUACAAGCGCAGGGGAUCCAAGUGUUUGAUCCUGGGGAGUCGGAUUCAGAUGACAACUGUACAGAUGUUACUGCUGCUGGAACCCAGUGUGAAUAUUGGCCUGGUGGAGCCUUGGGAAGUGAACCUUCCAUAGGGAGUAUGAUCCAACUUCAGCAGUCCUUCAGGGGCCCAGAGUUCGCACAUAGUUCUAUAGAUGUGGAAGGACCCUUUGCAAACGUCAACAGAGAUGACUGGGAUAUUGCUGUAGCUAGUUUAUUACAAGUUACUCCCUUGUUUUCACAUUCUCUAUGGAGUAACACUGUCAGAUGUUACCUCAUUUAUACAGAUGAAACCCAGCCUGAAAUGGAUCUUUUUCUUAAGGACUAUUCACCUAAACUUAAAAGAAUGUGUGAGACAAUGGGAUAUUUUUUCCAUGCUGUAUAUUUUCCAAUAGAUGUUGAAAAUCAGUACCUCACAGUAAGAAAAUGGGAAAUUGAGAAGAGUUCAUUAGUUAUCUUAUUCAUUCAUUUAACUUUACCAAGCCUUUUAUUGGAAGACUGUGAAGAAGCUUUUCUGAAAAAUCCUGAAGGCAAACCACGAUUAAUUUAUCAUCGUUUGGAGGAUGGGAAAGUCAGUUCCGACUCUGUCCAGCAAUUGAUUGACCAAGUUGCCAACCUGAACAAGACCAACAAAGCCAAGAUCAUUGAUCACACAGGAGAUCCUGCAGAAGGUGUAUAUAAAACUUAUAGUUAUGUGGAAAAGAUUAUUAAACAGGACAUCCUAGGGUUUGAGAACACAGACCUGGACACUAAGGAUUUGGGCAGUGAGGAUUCUAUUCCAGAAGAAGACGAUUUUGGCGAUGUUCUGUGGGACAUACAUGAUGAACAAGAGCAAAUGGAAACUUUUCAACAGGCUUCAAAUUCAGCCCAUGAGUUGGGAUUUGAGAAAUAUUAUGAACGCCUCAAUGAUCUAGUGGCAGCACCAGCACCAAUUCCACCCCUGCUCAUAUCUGGAGGACCAGGCUCUGGAAAGUCCCUGCUUUUAUCAAAGUGGAUUCAAUUACAACAGAAGAAUUCCCCUAAUACACUAAUUCUUUCUCAUUUUGUGGGGAGGCCCAUGUCAACCAGCUCAGAGUCUUCCUUGAUUAUUAAACGACUUACUCUAAAGCUGAUGCAGCACUCUUGGUCAGUGUCCGCUCUGACCCUGGAUCCUGCGAAGCUUCUGGAAGAAUUUCCUCGUUGGCUGGAAAAACUCUCUGCACGUCAUCAAGGCAGCAUCAUCAUCAUUAUUGAUUCUAUAGAUCAAGUUCAGCAAGUUGAAAAACACAUGAAAUGGCUGAUAGAUCCCCUGCCAGUGAAUGUAAGAGUAAUUGUUUCUGUGAAUGUAGAAACAUGCCCUCCAGCAUGGAGGUUGUGGCCUACACUUCAUCUUGACCCUUUAAAUCCGAAAGAUGCAAAAUCUAUUAUAAUUGCAGAGUGCCACUCUGUAGAAAUUAAAUUGAGUAAAGAGCAGGAGAAGAAGCUAGAACGACAUUGUCGUUCUGCUGCAACCUGCAAUGCCCUUUAUGUCACCCUUUUCGGCAAAAUGAUUGCAUGUGCUGGGAGAUCAGGCAAUUUAGAUAAAAUUCUUCAUCAGUGUUUCCAGUGUCAAGAUACAGUUUCAUUAUACAGACUUGUUCUGCGAUCCAUCCAGGAGUCCAUGGCGAAUGAUAUGGAUAAAGAACUCAUGAAACAGAUUCUCUGCCUCAUAAAUGUUAGUCAUAAUGGUGUGAGUGAAUCAGAAUUGAUGGAACUCUAUCCAGAGAUGUCCUGGGCUGUCUUGACCUCCCUUAUUCACAGUUUACACAAAAUGUGUUUGUUGACUUACGGUUGUGGCUUGCUCAAGUUUCAGCAUCUACAGGCUUGGGAAACAGUGAGACUGGAGUACAUGGAAGAUGCCACCAUUAUUUCUUCUUAUAGGCAGAAGCUAAUCAACUACUUCACCAUGCAGCUAAGUCAGGACCCAGUGACCUGGAGAAGCGCAGAUGAACUCCCAUGGCUUUUUCAGCAGCAGGGAAGUAAACAGAGGUUGCACGAUUGUCUUCUCAAUCUCUUUGUGUCUCAAAACCUUUAUAAAAGAGGACACUUUGCUGAGUUGCUGAGCUACUGGCAGUUUGUGGGCAAAGACAAAAGCGCGAUGGCAGCCGAGUACUUCGAUUCCCUGAAGCAGUACGAGAAAAACUGCGAGGGCGAGGAGAACAUGAUGUGCUUAGCAGAUCUCUAUGAAACCCUGGGGCGCUUCCUCAAGGACCUGGGCCUGCUGAGUCAGGCUGUGGUACCUUUGCAGAGGUCUCUAGAAAUUCGAGAAACGGCCUUGGAUCCAGAUCACCCGAGAGUAGCUCAGUCCCUUCACCAGUUGGCAAGUGUGUAUGUGCAGUGGAAGAAGUUUGGCAACGCAGAGCAAUUGUACAAACAGGCAUUAGAAAUCUCUGAAAAUGCCUAUGGCGCAGACCAUCCACAUAUUGCUCGUGAACUUGAGGCACUUGCAACUUUGUACCAGAAACAAAAUAAAUAUGAACAAGCUGAACAUUUUAGGAAAAAAUCCUUUAAGAUUCGUCAAAAAGCUACAAGGAGAAAAGGCAACUUGUAUGGAUUUGCCCUUUUGCGUAGACGGGCCCUACAGUUAGAAGAGCUUACCUUAGGUAAGGACACACCGGACAAUGCUCGGACCCUCAAUGAACUGGGUGUUCUCUACUAUCUUCAGAAUAACUUGGAAAAAAACACAUUGAAGCCUUGCCACUGUAUGAAAGAGCAUUAAAGAUUUACGAAGACAGCCUGGGUCAGAUGCAUCCUCGAGUUGGAGAAACUUUAAAAAAUUUAGCUGUGCUCAGGUAAGAAUUUUUUCACUUUCCUCAUACAUCUUAACUACCUUUUAGAACAUCUUUUAAUUUCACUCAUCAUGGAACAAAAAGAUCCUUACUGCUGAAUGUUUUUUCUUGGAGGUGAGUUGCUUCUGGUUGAUUUCCUUCAAGAGAUACAGUAGUAUCUAGAAGUGAAAUGAAGGCUACACAAUGUAUUUUACAGAAGAGUUUAUCAUGGCAAAUAGUGAAGGAUGGUUUACAUGUACAACCAGCUGGGUCUGGAAUAAUAUGAGCAAUUUGCUGUCCUCAGAGCUCAUUUACCAUGAAGUACAUGUUGACUUCUGCGCUGUGUGUGUUCAACUCAGGACAUAGAGAAUAUCUAAUUUCCCUUAGCAAUUUCACUGCAUCCUUCACAACACAGGCUUAAUGGUGUCCAUGAGGUACUGAAAUGUCCCUUACCAGUACAAACAGAAAGGAAAGAGUUUGGGUGUUCUAUUUUUUCUGGUCUGUUUUAGUAAAUAAAUGCACUGGAGGGGAAAUGAGUGAUUACUCACUUUUUUGUGGGUUUUUUUGGAGGGGGGUAUCCUAUAAGGUCAUUUAGAAUUGUUAGAAGGUUAUAUUCUGAUUUUAAGAGGUUUUUAUUUUCUUUCAAAGCUAUGAAGAAGGGGAUUUUGAAAAAGCUGCUGAACUAUACAAAAGAGCGAUGGAAAUAAAAGAAGCAGAAACGUCACUUUUGGGUGGGAAAGCUCCCUCCCGACACUCAUCGAGUGGAGAUACAUUUAGUGUAAAAACAACC